UUUCAUUUCCCUGGAAAUUCCUGUAGCGGACAGAGGAAAAGAGAGGGAGAGGUACCAAGCACACACAAGUACAGACGUACUGUGACCUGGAAGAUAAAGAAAAGCACAAGAAGACUGUAUGUUUCAAAUUCAGGUUUGAGCUGUGUUUCCUGGUAUUUUUUCUCUACAUCAAGAUGGGUUUAAGAAUAAUUGAAGACUUCAGCUCUCCAGUUGUCAGCGACCUGAGGAUUGUCCUGCUGGGGAAGACUGGAUCAGGAAAGAGUGAAACAGGAAACACCAUCCUGGGUCAAAAAGUGUUUGAGACAAAGGACAUCUCUCUGUCAUCUGUGACGAUUCGCUGCAAAAAAGAAACAGGACACUUUGAUCAAAGAACUGUGAGCGUCAUCGACACUCCCGGGGUCUUUGACACAUCAAUGACAGAGCUCCAGUUGAAAAGUGAAAUAGAGAACUGUAUCAUGCUGUCUCUCCCAGGACCCCAUAUAUUCCUGCUAGUGAUCAGACUGGAUACACGGUUCACAGACGAGGAGAAGAAAGCUGUCAAAUGGAUCAAGGACAACUUUGGUGAGGAAGCCUCCAAGUAUACAAUGGUGCUUUUCACCAGGGGUGAUGCACUCAAAGGAAAACCAGUUGAGGAAUAUUUAGCCCAAAGCCCUGAACUCAGGGAGGUCGUCAGUGAGUGUCGAGCUGGGUACAUUGUGUUUGACAACACAUGCAUGGGAGAUCGCACUCAGGUGGCUGAUCUCUUUGAGAACAUAGACAAGAUAGUGCAAUUAAAUGGGAAUCAUUACACCAGCAGCAUAUACGAAGAGGUGCAGAAAAAGAGGAAGUGGAAUGAAUGGUGGAGCAAGUGUGGAGACACUGUGAACGCUGCAAGUAAUUAUUUGUUUGUGGCAGCAGCAGUUGCAGCUGCCCCUGUAGCUGGUGUCGCUGUAGCAGCAGAGGAAGCAGCAGCUGCUUCACUACGUUCAGCUUUCAUGCUUGCAGGUGCAGGGGCUGCUAAAGUCAUUGGUGGGUGGAUCAAACCGAAAACAAAGGAUAACUAAAUCAUGUCAAGCCAUUUUCCUUUGACUAAAUGUCUGAUGUCAUUCCAUUUAUCGCCUUUGAGUACAAAUACAUGACUACAGUACAAAUUCAUAUUUGACUUUUUUGUCAUGUUGAUUUAAGUGCAUUUCUUCAUUGCAUGACUGUGCAUUCAUACGAAUUAGUCACAGCGUGCCUGCUUUGAAUGAUAAAUGAACCUAUGGUGACAAAUCUUUUAAAUGUUGAUGCUCUACUCUCUUAACCUGAAUAUCACUUUAAGUGUAAAACACUAUUGGAGUUUUUUUUUGGAUUGAUAUGUAAGAAUUAAAUAAAACAAUGUGACAACA